AUGGACAGGAAUAAGAAUAUUGUGCAUGUUGUGUGGACAACCUCUAAUCAAUUGGUCGGUUGUAGUGAGAUAAAGAAUGCAUUGAAGUGUUUGUUGAUGUUGGUGGGUGGUUCUCCAUCUACUCUGACCAACCUAUCAGUUUCUACAACAACAAAUAAUAACAAUAAUAGUGACAGCAGUGUUGUUGAUUCUACUACUUUCAAUAACAAUAAUAAUCUCACAGUUCAAAGUAAUAAUAGUAGAACUGGUGGUGAAUUGAAAAGAAUAGAAAUGAAUAAUAUAGAUGAGGCAAUCACUAGAAUUAGAAUAGCAGAGUUACUUCUACAGUAUACCUUCAAUCACGAUGAAGCUAGAUAUCAUCUCGAGAAAUCUGUAUUCCUUCUCGAUUCUGACUCUACCGAUCACUCAAUGGAAUUACUCUGUAAGAUUAGUUCUUAUCUGAUCGAUUACUUUCACACCAACAAUGCAUUCAAUCUCGCAAAACAAUGGUUAAAGAAAGCUAUUAAAUAUUCUAUAUCACUAAAGAAUAAUCAAUGGUUACUUUACUUUUUAAUAAAAGAAUCACAUAUUCUAUUUAGAGAGAAUCAACCAAAGCCUGUAUUCAACUCAAUAGAUCAAGCAAUUAAAUUAGCCAUCAAUAUGAAAGAUACAUUUUGUCAUGUAACUAUGUUAGGAUUUUAA